AUGACCAAUGUUGUUGUUGAUGGAGACAAAAGGUCUGAAGCUAACUCUUCUGUGCAUGACAAUGGAAUUGGAAAGAAAGCUAAAAAAAAUGUACAUCUGAAGUGUGGAGUUCAAGAGGGAUUGAAAGUAGCAAGUAGUGCUAUCCAAAAGAUUAGGAAUAGCAUUAGAUAUGUAAAGGCAUCAGAGGCGAGGGCAAUCAAUUUCAAGAAGUGCAUUGAACAGGUUGGUGUUAGGUGUUCUAUGGGUUUAAGGUUGGAUGUUCCUACUAGAUGGAAUUCAACUCAUUCAAUGCUUGAAAGUGCACUUUACUAUCAUCGUGCUUUUGCUACUUUGGCUUUCAAUGAUACAAAUUAUCACCAUUCUUUGACAAUUGAUGAGUGGUCUAGGGCAGAGAUGAUUUGUGAAUUCUUCGCUCCAUUUGCAAGGAUAACGGAGUUGAUUUCUGGCACAUCAUAUCCAACUUCAAACUUGUAUUUUGUGCAGAUAUCAAAAAUUAAGUUACUACUGAAAGAAUUUCUAGAUCAUGAUGAUGUUGUGAUCCAAAAUAUGGUUGCAAGUAUGCUUGAAAAGUUUGACAAAUAUUGGAGUGAUUAUAGUGUCAUUCUUGCAAUUGCAAUCAUUCUUGAUCCACGGAUGAAGUUUGAUAUAAUAAGGUUUUCUUAUGCACAACUUGAUCCUGUGAAUCAUACUGAGAAGAUUGAACAUAUUAGGAAGAAGAUGUACUUAGUUUUCAAUGAAUAUAAAAUCAUGGAUGUGGUUGGAUCAUCAUCGUCAACUCCUAGUCCUAUUGUUGCUCCAAAUAAUGAUUCAGGUUCUUCUAAUGCUAGUGACAUGAACAUUAUGUUGCCAAGAACAUCAAAUCAACCUCCUUCUUAUCCAUCUAAAGGUGGUAUUAUAAGCCAUGGCUGUUUAAACACUAUGGCUUUUGGGGAUUAUCUCAAAUGCAAGAGCAAGGACAUUGCAUCAAUGGAAAAUUCUAAACUUGACUUUUAUUUAGAAGAAGCAACAAUGGAUCCAAAUCUGUUUCUGAAGAUGGAUGUUUUGGAUUAUUUAAGGACUAAUGCAGCUUGCUUUCCCUAUCUAUCAAAGAUGGCAUGUGAUAUUUUGAGCAUUCUAAUCACCACAGUGGCUAGUGAAUCAGCUUUCAGUAUUGGUUCAUGA